AUGCAGAGAUUCUUGCAAUGCUCGGAGCUCAUCCUGAGGGUAGCUGAGCUCUCGGACCUUCAGACCAUCAGCGCCCUGAUGGAAGUGAGGGAUCUAGGAAGGCUCAUAGAGACGCACCGAAGGUCUAUACUCAGAGAAAAGCACCGGUCCUACUCCUACCCGUUGCCCGCCGGCUGCGCGUCACCAUCGGCAUUGCUGAUAUAUCAGCUCACCUUUUCCGGCCCGAGCAAGGGCCUCGCGUGCUACGCCAAGAUCCACUCGGCCGGGGACUGGGGCUCCCUCAAGGUAGUCGAGUGGCGCAGAAUAGAGGUGGAGAGGCUCCUGGACGCGCCAUACCUGCGGCUGCGUCCCGGGCCGGCGGCUAGCGAUUUCACGUGGCCUCGGCUCGACGCGAGCGGCAGGUCCGGGCUGCGCGCCAUGCUCAGGCGGGCGCUGUACAUGUGCGACACACUGCACGACAUGGAGGCCAAGGCCUUCGUGGACAUGGACAUGCCGGUGAAUCGUUGGCGCAACCGCCGGGCCAGGGACGUGCUGCCCGAGGGUGGACCCGCCUUCGCGGCCCAGUACCGGUCCCUGACCGGGAACAGCGUGGGCCUCCGCAGGAUGCUCGUCAAGGAGAUGGUGGCCGUCACGGCUCGCAGGCACCAGGUGGCCAUGCUGCAGAGCCUGCCGGAUGACGACCUCAUCGGGCUGUUUAUGCUCUGCCGCGUCGCGACCGAGAGCUGGCGCGAGAACCACAUGACGCCGCGGCACGACGCUGCGGGCCAGCCCCUGACCCUGUUCGAGCAGGAGGUGUCCUUCAAGGAGACCAUCCUCCGCUUCGGCAGCUGGUCCCUCUACGCCGAGGUCCGCGACUUCGGCCCCCGAGCCACCCACCGCCGCUGGCUCCUGAAGAAGACGCAGGCCGACGUCGUCGAUGCGGACCCCCAGGCCUGCCUGCGGGCUGAGUCGUCGCUCAUCGCCACGCUCAACUCGGAACUCGUCAGGAGGCUCAACACGUCCAUCCAGAGCAUCGAACGCAAGGUAUUUCCCAUUGCCGAGGCCAUGAUCGGGGCUCGCUCGCCAGCGUUUGAGAAGGCAAAGCGCCAGUCCAUCUGA